UUCCUGCUGCACCUUCAACUGGAACGUCACCUUAUCUCCAAAAUGGCGGACGACCCAGUCAUGGAGAAAUAUUCACCUUUUAUGGAUAAUUUCAAAGGUCUUUUAUUGGCAUAUUUCAUGCCGGAGUCAUGCUACGACGAGUUUUUUCUCAAGUUCAACUUUUUAGACGUGCCAUGUCUGAAGAUCGUUCUGAGUAAAGCCCUGGGGAUCGGCAUCAUACUGGGAUCAGUUUUGGUGAAGCUGCCUCAGAUAUUGAAGCUGAUGGGAGCGAAGAGCGCCGAGGGGCUCAGCUUCAACUCUGUGUUGCUGGAGCUUCUGGCCAUCACAGGGACGAUGGCCUACAGCAUCGCCAACAAGUUCCCCUUCAGUGCCUGGGGUGAGGCUCUGUUCCUCAUGCUGCAGACGGUCGCCAUCGGCUUCCUCAUCCAGCACUACGGAGGAAAAACCGGCAGAGGUCUCCUCUUCCUGGUGGUGUAUUUGGUCCUCCUGGCCCUCCUGCUCUCCCCGGUCACUCCCUUGUCGGUGGUUACCUACAUGCAGGCCUCCAACAUGCCGGCUAUCAUCAUCGGCAGGCUCAUCCAGGCAGCCACUAAUUUCCGUAAUGGACACACGGGCCAGCUGUCGGCCGUCUCCGUCUUCCUGCUGUUCGCUGGAUCCCUUGCUCGCAUAUUCACCUCACUACAGGAAACUGGAGACUCUCUGAUGGCCCUCACCUACGUCAUCUCCUCCACUUGCAACGGCAUCAUCACCCUCCAGGUUCUCUACUACUGGAACAGCUCCCCCGAACGCAAGAAGAAGAAAAAGAAGCGAGAAUAGGCGAAUUCUGUUCACUAAACUUUUUUUUAUUUUAUUUUUUUAUUUUUAGAGCAUUGCAUCUACUUCAGGAUCCAACACUUGUCGACACUCUCAGAUGAGUUGUCUUUCAAACUUGGACUUGAACAUUGAGAGGGAACGGGACUUUAAUCUUUCGGAGCAAAUGGACUUUAAUGUAAAAUUAUGAAAGCAACACAAAUGCCAAGCAGGUCAUUCCAUGUAGCCCUUCCCCUGUUAGCUGUUUUUGUUUUUUUUGUUUUGUUUUUUGUUGCUGGUUGGGUAGCAGAGCUGUGGGGAUUUUUACACCUCCCUCUGUCUGUGCAAUACACUCUGAUUACAUUCCUCUUGA